AUGCCACCCAAGAAGUAACAUCUCAAAACUUAAUCCUCAGAGUUAUCAAAUUAGGCUCUUAUGAAUUAUCUAUCAAAUCGUGAGGCUUUGCAUGCAAGAAUGUCUAAUUCUCCAACAUUCCAAAUAGAAUGCAAAGUAUCAAUUUAUCUUUACUUAAGACCAAAUAAGUUGGGCUUCACCAAUCUAAUCUGUUUAAAUCCAAUGCUUCACAACCCAAUCUCACAAUUACUUAAUAGUAGUACUUAUGACUAUAGAUGUAGAUAAACCUAGAGGAAAGUGUAACAAUAAGAUUUACUCAAAUCGAAAGGAUUCAUGUCUCCUAAGAUUACUAGUUAAGAGAGAGUAAAUAACAAAGCACAACCCAAAUCUCGGGGUAACCAUAUGAAGACUCAACCUCAUUCUAAUCAGAGUUCCUAAAUCAAAAUGAAAUCAGUCGAGAGCAUACAAGAUGACUCUCCAAAAUAAAUGUAUAAGAAUCAGCAUUACUCACCAUCAACCAAAGCAGAAUCGCUAUUUAAAUAGUAAGCAUCUGAUACAAAACAGAAACAUUCAUCUGAUCUCUUGGCUAGAUUAAAUUUCUAAACAUCCUUGACUGUAUCUAGUGUUAAGCACAAAACUACUUAGUUUUCUGGAGCAUAAAUUUACUAACUCCAAAACCACUAAAAAUCGAACAGUGCUUAAUAUAUUGAGUCACAAAAAUUAUCUACACAAACUUCCUCAUAACCUCGGCUCGAAAUUCUUACUGAAAAAAUUAAAACCAUUACAACCAGAAAAUUUUAAUAGGAUUUUAUUCAGAUCAUCUUACAAUUUAGAUCUUUUAAGUAGAAAAUGACUAUUGAUAUCUCGACUAAUAAAAUAUCACACCUAGUGGAAUUAAUCAAAGAAGAACUCAAUAAAAAAUUCGUUGAUAAUGAUUCUCUUUCGAUAAUUGGAAUUAAAACAUACAAUAUUUCUAUACCUAUUGAUUAUAUACUUUCUUCAAUUGAUAGACCCUUGUCUUUACUUUCCAAUUGUCCUAAUCAACCUUUAAUCAUAGAACCUAUCUUAUAAGCAGAAUAAGAAAAUAGAUCAUCAAGAGUUUGUCUAAAAGAUUUCGAAUUCAUUAGAUGUAUUGGAAUGGGUGGAUUCUCUAAAGUAUACAUGGUAAGGGAAAAGAGAUCAGGCCAGUUUUAUGCCAUGAAAUUAAUUGAAAAAAACUCCAUUAUUUCAUAGAACAAACAAAUUAUCAUCCAAAAUGAAAGAGACAUUAUGUGUAAUCUGAAUCACCCCUUUAUUGUUAAGAUUUAAUAUGCAUUUGAAUCAAGAAGAUAUUUAGUGUUUGUUUUGGAAUACUGCUCUGGAGGAGAAUUGUUCUUCUUGUUAAGAAAAGUGAAGAGGAUGAGUGAAGAAUAAGCAUUCUUUUACUUUGCUGAAAUCUGUUUAGGCAUGAAACACUUACAUGACAGAAGCAUAAUUUAUAGAGAUAUUAAACCUGAGAAUAUAUUAGUAGAUUUUGAUGGGCAUGUUAGAAUUGCAGACUUUGGACUCUCAAAACAAUUAGAUUAAGAAAUAGCCUAUUCAUUUUGUGGAUCUCCAGAGUACAUGGCUCCUGAAAUGUUGCUGAAACAAGGACACAACUUACAAUUAGAUUUGUAUUGUUUAGGAGCAUUGCUUUAUGAAUUGAUAACCGGAUUACCACCUUUCUAUUCCAGAAACACUGAUGAAAUUUAUCAAAGAAUUUUAAAUUAGAAAUUAAGCUAUCCAUAGCAUGUGUAGAUGUCUCCUCUUUUAAAAGAGCUAUUGAAUGGAUUAUUAGCUAAGAACCCUAAGAACAGAAUCGAUAAAAUUGAAACUCUAUUACGACAUCCUUGGAUGACCUAAUGGGGUGAUAAAUACUUGUACAAAGACCUAUUGUCUAAGAAGAUAGAUCCUCCUUUCAAACCAGAUUGUUUCUCCUUCAACUUUGAUGAGGAGGAGUUUGGUUAAGGGGAGGCUGAAUUUUUGCAGCAAAUGAAAACUCUUUAAUAAAACAUUAUGGAGAACUUUCCUAAAGAAACUAUCUUAAAAAACUUCUAUUACAAUCCUAAAGAGAUCAACUUAACGGAAAGCACGAGAGGUACUAAUUUAAGUACCAAAUAAUUGGAGGAGUAAUCAGGAACUCAAAGAUAAAAAUCAAAAAGGUUCAAUACAUAUGACGAUGAUAUUUCAAAUUAUGUAAAUGAAUAAAAAAUUUUGCUAUUAAAUUAGUUAAGAUUAUAAACUGAGAGUGAAUUAAAGAGGAAAUCUGCAUGAAUUAUUAGUAUUUAAAUAUAAUAUACAAUUUUAGAUUA